GACUGCAGCCAGCGGGCAUGCGCACUUUAGGCGGCCAGGGAGAAGUGUAGUUUCCGCGGCGAGCUGGCAGCGGCUCCCCGAGGCUGUGGGGCGGGUUCGCGGGUUCGAGCCUGUGUCUGCUGGGAAGGUGCUGGAGAUCAAACUUGGGGCCUUGCACGAGCCAGACGGGGACUGACCACAGGCACACCCCAGCUCCUCCAAAGAUGACUUUUUCCUUGGGGUCAUGUUUGUGAUUUUUCUCGCCUGUUUCAAGGUCUGUGCAGAAAGGGUAAGAUGCAGAACCUUGUGGAAACCUCCUCACUAUCAGCUUCUGAUGGCAACAUUCCCCUUACCUGCAUUUUCCAAAUGGAGAAACUGACGCUGAAAGUGGCUAAGUGAACUGUGUGAGUUGACACAGGAAGCUCCAGGACGGACCCCCAGGAUGCCCCUGUGUCAUCGAGGAGGCUCUGAGAAGGGCAGCCAGCCUGCCAGGGAUGAAGUGCAGCCCUUGGCCACCACGGGAGGCCUGCAGGUCCUUCUGCACUGGGCUGGCUCCAGUGGUGGGCAGCCCUGGGUCACCUUCGGUGAGGUCUCGCUGACGGCUGAGGAGAUCUGCAUCCGGGUCGCACACAGAAUCGGCAUCACACCAGCCUGCUUUAAUCUCUUUGCUCUCUUUGAUGCUGAGGCCCAAGUGUGGCUGCCCCCAAACCACAUUCUGGAAGUUUCUGCAGACACAAGACAGACGCUGUAUUUCCGCAUGAGGUUUUACUUCCGGAACUGGCAUGGCAUGAAUCCGCAGGAGCCACCUGUGUACCGCUGUGGACUCCCAGGGGCUGAGGCAUCCUCAGAACAAGCAGAACAAGGGGUACAAGUCUUAGAUCCAGCCUCUUUUGAGUACCUCUUUGAGCAGGGCAAGUAUGAGUUUGUGAAUGAUGUGGUGUCGCUGCGGGAGCUGUCAAGUGAGGAGGAGAUCCACCACUUUAAGAAUGAGAGUCUAGGCAUGGCCUUUCUGCACCUCUGCCACCUCGCUCUCUGCCGCAGUGUCCCCCUGGAGGAGGUGGCCAAGGAGAUCAGCUUCACGCGCUGCAUCCCGCGCUCCUUCCGGCAGCAGAUCCGCCAGUACAAUAUGCUGACCCGGCUGCGCCUUCGGAGUGUCUUCCGACGCUUCCUGCAUGCCUUCCAGCCAAACCACCUGUCCCAGCAGGUUGUCAUGGUCAAGUACCUUGCCACCCUGGAGCAUCUGGCACCCCGCUUUGGUGCCGAAUGCAUCCCUGUGCAUCACCUGGAGCUCCUAUUCCAGGCCGACAGGGAGCCCUGCUAUAUCCGGGACAGUGGGCAGCCCCCAGAAGCUGACCCCAUGUCGGCCCCUGGACCCCCCACCCAUGAGGUGCUGGUCACGGGUACCAGGGGCAUCCAGUGGCGCCCGGUACAGCCAGAGAGUUCCAGUGCCAAUGGCAGUGACAGCUGGAAUCCGAAAGCCAGGCUGCCUGGGAAAAAGGCCAGUGCCCAUGAGGAGGCAGGCAAGCAGCCAGUGGACAAGCCACAGGAGCCCUCUUGGACCUACUUCUGUGACUUCCAGGACAUCACCCAUGUGGUCCUGAAGGAAUGUCGCAUCAGCAUCCACCGGCAGGACAAUAAGUGCCUGGAGCUGAGCCUGUCCUCCCCGGCUGCUGCCCUGUCCUUUGCGGCGCUGGUGGACGGCUACUUCCGCCUGACUACCGACUCCAGCCACUACCUGUGCCAUGAGGUGGCUCCUCCGAGGCUGGUCCUGAGCAUCCAGGACGGCAUCCACGGACCCCUGCUGGAGCCGUUUGUGCGGGCCAAGCUGCAGCUGGAAGAGGGCGUCUACCUCAUCCACUGGAGCACCAGCCACCUUGAGCGCCUCAUCCUCACGGUGGGCCAGCGUGACCCGACCCCUGGCGGCAGUGGUGUGCAGAGUGUGCGCCUCCGCAAGUUCCCCAUUGAGCGGCAAGCCGGGGGCUUUGUGCUGGAGGGCUGGGGCCGCUCCUUCGCCAGCGUGCGGGACCUGCGGAUGGCCCUGCAGGGCUGCUCUCUGCGGGCUGGGGACGACUGCUUCUCCCUGCGCCAGUGCUGCCUGCCCCAGCCAGGAGAGAUCUCCAACCUCAUCAUCAUUCGGGGGCCUCGGGCCAGCACCCGGCAGCUCAACCUCAGCCAGCUCAGCUUCCACAGGGUACAGCAGGAUGACAUCACCCAGCUGUCACACUUGGGCCAGGGCACAAGGACCAACGUGUAUGAGGGUCUGCUGCGAGUGGGGACGCCCGAGGAGGACAAAGAGGACAGCAUGGGCCCUGUGGAGCCCAGUGGGGGCUGUGGGCAGGAGCUGCGUGUGGUGCUGAAGGUGCUGGACCCAGGUCACCACGACAUCACGCUGGCCUUCUACGAGACAGCCAGCCUCAUGAGCCAGGUGUCCCAUGCACACCUGGCCUUCCUGCAUGGCGUAUGCGUGCGCGGCUCCGAGAACGUCAUGGUGACGGAGUUCGUGGAGCAUGGGCCCCUGGACGUGUGGCUGCGGCGGGAGCGGGGCUGUGUGCCCCUGGCCUGGAAGCUGGUGGUGGCCCAGCAGCUGGCCAGUGCCCUCAGCUACCUGGAGGACAAGAACCUGGUGCACGGGAAUGUGUGUGGCCGGAACAUCCUCCUGGCCCGGCUGGGGCUGGCAGAUGGCACCAGCCCAUUCAUCAAGCUCAGCGACCCAGGCGUGGGGCUGGCCGCCCUCUCCAGGGAGGAGCGGGUGGAACGCAUCCCCUGGACUGCGCCCGAGUCCCUGCUUGCUGGGGCCAGCAGCCUGAGCACAACCACAGACAAGUGGGGCUUCGGUGCCACCCUGCUGGAGAUCUGCUUCAACGGCGAGGUGCCCCUGCAGGGCCACACCCCCUCCGAGAAAGAGCGCUUCUACCAGAAGCAGCAUCAGCUGCCCAAGCCUUUGUGCCCAGAGCUGGCCUCAAUCACCAGCCAGUGCCUGAGCUACGAGCAGGCCCAGCGGCCAUCCUUCCGCACCAUCCUGCGCGACCUCACUCGGCUGCAGCCCCACAGUCUAGUAGAUGUCUCAGCUCUGAACCCCGACUCACCUGCGUCAGACCCCACCGUUUUUCAUAAGCGCUAUUUGAGAAAGAUCCGAGAUUUGGGAGAGGGUCACUUUGGCAAGGUCAGCCUGUACUGCUACGACCCAAACAACGAUGGCACUGGCGAGAUGGUGGCAGUGAAAUCCCUCAAGGCGGGCGGCGGGCCCCAGCUCAGCUCGGGCUGGAGGCGGGAGAUCGACAUCCUUCGCACUCUGUACCACGAGCACAUUGUCAAGUACAAGGGCUGCUGUGAGGACCAAGGAGAGAAGUCGGUGCAGCUCGUCAUGGAGUACGUGCCGCUGGGCAGCCUCCGGGACUACCUGCCCCGGCACAGCGUCGGCCUUGCCCAGCUGCUGCUGUUCGCCCAGCAGAUCUGCGAGGGCAUGGCCUACCUGCAUGGGCAGCACUACAUCCACAGAGACCUGGCGGCGCGCAACGUGCUGCUGGACAACGACAGGCUGGUGAAGAUCGGGGAUUUUGGCCUUGCCAAGGCCGUGCCUGAAGGCCACGAGUACUACCGCGUGCGCGAGGACGGGGACAGUCCCGUGUUCUGGUACGCCCCCGAGUGCCUCCAGGAGUGUAAGUUUUACUACGCGUCGGACGUCUGGUCCUUCGGGGUCACACUCUAUGAGCUGCUGACGCACUGUGACUCCAGCCAGAGCCCCCCCUCGAAAUUCAUGGAGCUCAUAGGCAUCACCCAGGGCCAGAUGACUGUGCUGAGGCUCACAGAGUUGCUGGCGCGAGGGGAGAGGCUGCCGUGGCCAGACAGAUGUCCCCGGGAGAUCUACCUCCUCAUGAAGAACUGCUGGGAGGCCGAGGCCUCGUUCCGUCCCACCUUCCAGAACCUUGUCCCCAUCCUCAAGUCGGAGCAAGAGAAAUACCAAGGCCAGGCCCCCUCGUUGUUCAGUGUGUGCUGAGCCCAAGGGCGCCAUGCUUGGGGCGGCUUAUGGGGGUCCCUGCAGAAAGCCUCUUGUACCCACCCAUGAGGACCCCAGAGCAAGAGGCUGGCCUGGCUCGGCCCUGCUCUGCACACCCUGCCGCUGUUCAGGGGCUGUACUUCCACGACUGAGAGACCCAGGACAGGGCCUGAUCAGCCCUUCUGGCGACCAACAUAUGAGACCCGUGAUCUCCAUUGGCUACGUAUAAACUGCUCUUCCACUGCUGGCGGCUGUCUUCCUUGUGGCCAGCAGCUCAGGUCCACUCUGCAGACACCAGCUGCACCAAGGAGGAGGUCACUAUUAAACUUCUUGCUCAGUUUGUUGGUGCAUGUCUGGAAUCCCAGCACUCUGAGAGUCUGAGGCAGGAGGGUUUCAAAUUUGAGACCAGACUGGGCAAUUUAGCAAGACCCUCUUUCAAGAUUUAAAAAAAAAACUCUGGGAAUGCUGGAGCACACCUGUAAUCCCCGCACUCAGGAGGCUGAGGCAGGAUGAUAGCUAUGAAUUCGG